CAGCCGAAUGCAAUGCUAGUUGAGAAGUGAACAGCUGUCAUUUUCUUCUCUUUGUUAUUUAGCGUCGUAUUUAACAACAUUCCUCCUGCUUGUGUUCAGUAGGUUUACAUUGGUGUUAUCUGUUCCUCAAGGAUGAACUGGAUUUCUGUCUGGGAUUUGCUGAUAUGCAGCUCUUGGGAGAAAAACUCUUUUCCUUGUACUUAGUUCUUACUAGAAGGGCACUCUAAGGGUUCUGAGGAUGUCAAACAAGAAAUCAAAGAAGAAGAAACAGAAAAGGGAGGAAAUAAUCCCAUCAAACUCUUCUCGUGACAGUGAGAAGAAGGAGAGUGACGCAAAGAUAUUCAGCAGCCCAAAAAGAAAAAAAAAACAUAAUCUUCGGCAUGUAAGUUCUGACAAAGACAGAGCUAAAGAGAGGAGGGCCACUGACUCAACAUCAACAAAAGGAUUUGAAGGAGGAUUCAAGAAAGCAAAAGUUAGAGACAGCAAGAGCAGGGAAGAAAGAUCCCGAGAAAGCCAAACAACAGAGAAUUCCAGGCCAGUUUUCAAGUCACCUGUCACACAUGAGAAGGAGCAAGUGAAUCAUAAAGGGAAGCAUGAAAAAGCAAGUCCCCAUAUCUCAGGGAAAAGCUCCAGCAGGCAUUCUGCAACAAACCAGCCUUCUUCAAAAGAGUUGGAGAAAAAGAGACAGGAGCUGGUAUCGAGGAGAUCCACAGCAGAGUAUCCCAGGCGGACACCUGCAAAGGAUGAUUGUUCCCCUGAGAAACCACAAGAGAAAAGGAGGAAACUCAUGAAAAGGCCGUUGUCACCAGAGCUUCAUGCUGAACCCAAACGAAGAGACAUCAAAAACAUGACCAAUGCUGCACAUGCAGAAUCUCAUUCUGAAGUUCAAAAGGAAACGAGGAAGACGUUGGUGGCCAGGAGGUUCAAGAAGAUUGACCAUAAUGUUGGUGCACAGAGUUCUCAAGGCAACUCCAAAGAAGCUUUGCCAGUAGUGAAACAUGUAGGCUCUAAACUGAAAUUACCAGAAGAUAUUUCACCCAAGAAGCUAGACCAUGUACAGUUGGGUAAUGUCCCUGGUGUAAUCUUAGGAGAAAAAAGGCCAUCCCUUGUUGGUCCCACAGCAAAUGUCAGUUUCAAGAUCCCAAAGAAGGUCACUGCUGUUAAAGCUUGGACAAACACGGAUGUGUGUAAUGUGAAUUCUUCAGAUAGCAGGACUCAAAGUACCGCUCGGCCUUCUUUCCAUGAUUCUACUCCAUCUAAACACAAAUUUCUCAUCUCACAGCAGCAAGGACAGAGGCUUCAAGAGGUUUCUGCUCAAACCUCUCAUAAACCCUCUUCUCUUAGCUUGUCACAUCUUUCGUCUACAUCUCACUGCAGACCAGUCCAGCAGACACACACUGACAAAACAAGAGAGGCCACAACGCCGAGCAAUACUUCCUGCAAGGUAACUCUCCAGGAGGCUGCAGAGACCCUUGACUGCGACCACGAGAUGGAGCUGGUGGAGGAGCUUCAUCUGGCACGCUCUGAGAGGCGACUGGAGGUGAACUUGAUAGAGAACUGCGGAGAGCUCACCUGCAUGGACAUUGACGCUCCAGAAGAGGGUGCCGGCACAAUGCUUAAUCAACAUAAACAGGCCCUGCUUAUUGUUCUGGAUACCAAUGUGCUGCUCAGCCACCUGGAGUUUGUGAAGAAGAUUAGGUCACAUGGUCUUGGUGGGCUGGGGUUCCCCACUUUGCUGAUCCCAUGGGUGGUGCUGCAGGAGUUGGACUAUCUAAAGAGUGGUAAACUCUCCAGCAAAGUGGAAUACAAAGCCAGGCCAGCUGUCCACUACAUUUACAGCUGCCUAAAAAAUCAGGAGCCCAGACUUGUGGGCCAGUCAAUGCAGCAGGCAUCUCAAGCUGUUGGUGGGCCUGGUGUUGUGAAUAAUGACGACAGAGUGCUGGAGUGCUGUCUGCAGUACCAGGCUCUGUACCCAGAGGGAGCACUAGUUCUUUGCACCAAUGAUAAGAACUUGUGCAGCAAGGCUCUGCUCAGUGGGGUGAAGGCCUUAAGUAAGGUAGACUUGGUAAAAGAAGUGGAGGGAACCAGAUCUACAAUUCUAAAUUACAUUCAUGCUCAACCCGCUGUGCCGCCCCCAGCUGAACCUGUAGAGAAAGCAGAGGAGAAAGGAUCACAAAAGAAUAAAUGCAGUGAUGAAGCGGAGGAACGACAGUUGAGCGAGUGUGUGUCUUUGUUGGAGUCCUGCCUCCAGGUGGCACUGUCAGAGGUGCUGGAGGAAGAGAUGAAGGCGGCUUUUGGAGAACUGUGGACUGAGGUACCACUGCACACAUUGAUCUAUUGA